AUGGUAUUCAUACUGAUCAUUUUUGGUUAUCUUAUUCCAAUGCUAGUCAUCCUGGGCGUGACAAUUAUUACAUGCUGGUACAUUCGUGAAGAGAUUCGCAAUUUAUACCCAAUGCUUGUGCCUUUCCCGGUUGCGAAGAAAGCUUGUGAAGCUUAUUUGGCUAAAAUGGACAAAAAGCUUAUUCAAGAGCUGGUGAAGAAACAAGAAGAGGAAUUGGCCAAAGGUGGUGAAACUAGCAAAUACCUCUCGGCAUCAUUACCACCUCCCGGCCCUCCUGUUACUGCCACUCUUUGA